CCUUUGUUUCACUUGUGUUGUGUCUGUUGUGCAGUUAGUUUGUAUUCAGUUCUGUUGGCCUCCGAUCAAACAGCUCCCAAUCUCCAUUAAACUCUCAAUCUUUUGCUUUAAUCACAUCACUUCCGAUCUGGGCUCUGCUUAAAUUCUCAUUUUUAGAUCUUUUUUUUCACUUUUCACUGUCUUUGUAGCUCUCUGUUUGCAUCCUUUACAAGACCAUUGAUCCCAUUAGUUUGUUGAGUGUUUUCUUUUGAUCGAAAAGGUUAGAUUUUGAUAAGUGGGUUAAUUAUCUACAGAGAUUCAAGCAAUGGCUAUUUGUUUUCAGGAAGGAGUUGUUGUAAAGCUUUGAUUCCUCUACCAAAGAAGAAGGAAUCUUUAGUUGUUUAAAGAUUUUGCUUCAAGCCGACUUCAGAAAAUGGGGAGAGCAAGAGGGAAAGGAAAGAAGCAUAGUGUUAGUGUUAUCGCUUCACAUGAAGAUCAUGUUAGUGUUAAAGAAGAAAAUACUGCUGUUGAUAAGAAAAGAGGAAGGUCGACAAUGGAUGAUAAUGGAGAAGAAACUGCAGAGAUAAUGGAAGAUGGCAUGGACGCCAAAGAAUCAGUUGCUUGUAAGGAUGUUAAAAGUCCAUCCACUGCCGAGAAUGGAUUGAAAAGAAAAAGGGCAGUACAUGCUAAAGAAAGCACAGCUUCGGUGAAAGAGGAAAAUGGUGUUGGAAACAAAUUGAGUGGUGGUAAUUCAACAAUGAGUACUGGGUUUAGACAUAUUGGGAGCAGGCGAAAAAAUAAGCCUCGACGGGCUGCUGAAGCUGUUGUCGAGUGCUGGUGACAUCCUAUUUGCUGGCUCUGCUCCUUUUUGGUAACGGAGUGCUACCAUUUCUUUUUUUUGCUUUCAAUACGCAUUAUUGGUAUAGAAAUUUCAUUUCCACCAUUUGUCCUCCUCAAAAUGAUUAAACUAUUUGAAUCUGUUUUGGUUGACAAGCACCAAUCUUUGUAAAAGCUAUGGUAUCUAUCAAAUUGUGUUUAGCUCAUGAAAUCAGAUUCAAGAGAAGCAAUAGUUUUCGUGUUGUUUCUUUGUCUAGAUUUCUUGCUGAUCCUAGUUAGAUUUGCGAUAUAGAGACGAAGGCCGUAUAGAUUCAGAAUGCAAGACUCUGGUAAUCUCCAUCACGAGGAGCUACUCCGUUUGGGCAUUUGAUUUAAGUAUAUGCUUUUUGUAUUUCUAAUCGCUGAUUCAAUUCCUUAGGAGUAGAUACUUCUGAAUGUCGAUUUGAAGAUUAUGAUAUUAGCUAUACAGUUUAUACUUCAUUAAAGCUGCAUAGACUUAUUAGAAUUGUGAUAAUUACAUUUGGUUAUGACAAAUGAAAAGCUUCAUUCUUCCUUUAAAGAAGAAUAUUGCUUGCUAA